AUGUCUUUAGAAAUUAAUGGCUGUGACACUGUAGAGAACAAAUUGAAAAAUUAUUUUAUCAAGAGUGUUACUGAUAUAGUAAGCACCAUACCUUCAGGUGAAGAGGAAGCUAUAACGGCGGCAGUGCCUUUAGAAGAGGAAUUUUGGAGGUUUCAAGAAAUUACGCAAAACUGUUUUUCAAUUGAAGAAAAGAUCUACGGUUUCCUGAUAGACAUGAUGCAUGAAAGUUGCGAAUGGGCUUGA